AUGACCUCUCGAGCAUCUCUAAUAGACUCAACCCACUCCCUCCUCAACGCCAUAACAACCAACUCCCCCAUCACAACCAUAACCUCAACCUUCACCAGCUCCCCCGAACCUCUAAUUCACGAACACGGACUACAACAACUAGCCCCUUUCCUCGGCCGCACAUUCACAGGAGCAGACGGCAUAUCUCAAUACUUCGACAUCCUAUCCCAAUUCCUAGAAAUCAACUCUAUGGACUUCGAACCUGAUUCCGAAUGGAUAGUCGACGAGAGUACCAUGUGCGUUUGUCUACGGGGUGCAGCAACGUUUAUAUGGAAGGAAAACAAUAAUUCCUGGGAUGAGACGUUUGUUUAUCGUAUUAAGCUUGCGAAGGAAGAUAGUGGGGCGAAGAAGGGUCAGUUGUUGGUUUCUGAGUAUAAGGUUUGGGCGGAUACGGGAGCUGCGUAUCUUGCUAGGAUUGGGCGUUUGGGCGAUGAUGGGAAUAGUGGAAGAUUAAGCUUGCUUGGGGGUGGCUUGAAUGUUUAUGGGAGUUGUGGGUAA